CCCAGUAGGUGGUGAUGUUUGCGACUAGCUGAUUGCGAUCCACCGUCCUGUAGAAGGAGAGAUACAAGAAAGAAAAAAACAGGAAGCGUCAUCGUUGGGGUUGUCAAACACAGUUGAUUCAAGCGUACGAACGCAAUGCCUUUGGAUUAUGUUUUCUUCGGAUGGUGCCGAGUUUUAAACUAACUUAAGACAAUGUUCAAGUCAAAUAAGGACAGACUGGGGACAAACUACCAAGGAAAAUGCCAGAGGACCUAAGGUCACAGAAUGCGGAGUUCACUCUAAUGUCAGCUCUUCCUGCGGCUACCAUGGGUCCGCUCGAGGUGGUCACCCCCAGCGGAAGCCCCUGAUAUUCCGCUCUCGUUUUGACGGGUUUGCAGAGUGAGGCGAAAUGGAUGACGUGAUCACUCUCAGCUCGGACAGCGAUACGGGAGACUCCGACGUGGAAAUCGUCGGCUCCUUCAGUAACGUCGAGCCCAAACCGGACCCGCUGCCCCUCACGGCGGUCCGGGUCGAGGUCGAGGCCCUCAACGUGGGGACGCUCUACAUUGACCUCACAGAUCCUCGAUGGACUCUUCCAGAGCUGAAACCCAAGAGACAAAAUUUGUCUGCUUCGAGGUUGGUAGACUUGACGGAUGACACUCAAACGAAAGAAAACGGUACAAAAAUCGAAACUCCUACCAAACAAGAUGAUAACUUCAAAGGACCCUCAUCAAGAGACCCAACUGUUUUUGCCCUUCAGAAGGACUGUGGUACCAUGAAACCAAAGAAGAGACCGUUGGACUCUCAAACACAACACCAGGAGCACGCAGAUAAAACGCAUCAUCACACAGCAAUUGUAAAAUUGAGACGAUUGCCCUUCCAUGAAACUGAAAUUGCAGAACUGCAAACAUCAAAGACUUGUGUCUAUUUAAAUGAAGAUUGUACACAAAUGUCACUGCACCUUCAGAAAAUGGACAAUAACAGCGAAGCACCAGAACGGGUUAGUGAUUUGAGGACAACUACUGCAUCAAAUGGCACUCCCCUGGAUCCCUCACUGGAUGAGUCUCUUCACAAGGUGUUUGAAUCUCCGAUCUGUCAAGAAGAACGGGAGAACAGUACUACAUCUACAAACGCGCAGUGUAGUGGUAAAAUAUCUCCCCAUCGACAGACCCCGGCUGACUCUGCCUGCUCAGACAAAGGGGACUUAGUCGAAAUCUCAAAAGAGCUGAGCGCUCAUGAAGACGAGAGAGAUGACUUUUGCUCACCUGUGCUCAUCCCCUCUCCAACAUCCUCAUCCCAAGAUAGAGCACAGGAUUCUUUACAAAAGUCUUUACUAGACUUCUGCUCCAAACUGGAACAACGGAACACAGACAAAGCGGGAUGUGAACAAAGCUAUGUCUCUGAUCCCUUAUGCUCCAACACUCCUACCACAGGACCCAACCGAUGUGGACAUUUUGACAGAGACUCGUCGUCCCACACGAAUCCCAUCUCUCAUAACCUUAAUAGCCGAGUAGACCCAACAGCAAACCUUGAGGAUGCAGUAGCUGAAAGUAUGUCUGAAUGCCAGUCGGAGAAGCUCAAUACUAAUGAGGUGUCGAACAGCUCUGACUCCUUGCACUGGAGCGUCCCUAAUGAGCCUCUUUUGUCAGUGUCCGAUGAGGACAGGGAUAACGGAUCUGGGGCCGGGACAUACAGAGAGAAUCUGGGCAUUGACAGUCCACUUCUUUGGCGGGAUGGUAGUGACGUAGAGCAUAUGAACGAAGAUGGCACAUUUGAUAUGGACUUUAGGGUGGCCAGUCGAAAGGACAAGCAAUUUGUGUGCCCGGUUACACUUAGGGAAAUAAUGUCUGGACGUCUCCAGGUGCUGCUUGAUGAAGAAGAGAAGCUCGGAGCUCCAGAGGUGCUCUGCCGUCAGAGCUUGAGCCUGGUUUACAGUACCAUCGACGAGAACUACCCAGAGGGCACUUUGCAGCUAUUGUCUGACCUACUGCAGCCUGGUCACUAUCCCCCCAGAGAUAUCACAUGCCACCUGCUGCGUGGCAUUCUGCUCGACCUACAGUGUCCCUAUCACCUGUGCGUGCAAGCCUUUAAUCUGCUGAUGAGGACACAGAGACACCACAUAGCUGAUAAAAGCGCAGUUCCAUGGGACUGGGAGUUGCUGGCGUCAGUCAUGGCUGAUCAGAGAAAUUCAUGUGAGGUUGUGCGGAUGCUCCUGGACUAUGUUGUGCAGACGUUGGAGGAUGACUUCCAGGCCAAACGCUCCAUAUCUGCACUCCACAACUCCAUUGCAAAGGCAACAUUGUCAUGUGACGAGCAGUUCCCUCGUGUCAGGGAGGUAAUUAAGUGGCUCUUUUCUGCCAUUAUGAAAUCAACAGAGCAGAAAGAGACUAGAGAAGCAGCCAGAAAGAGAGAUGAACUAAUCAGAAUGGUGUCCAUCUUCCAGAGGAUGCUGUCUUUGGCUCUUGAGGUGGACCGUUCUCCAGCUCUAAACUCUGCCAAGCUGUCCCAGGAGCUCUUUCACAUGCUCAUCAGCGGUAUACCUCUGCGAGCACACAGGACGUUGUUGCUGGAGAGCUUGCAGAGCAAGCUGCUGAGAUGUAAGCUGUUGGAACAUCUGUUGGAUUACGCAUGCCCACUGAAAACCCCUCUGCCCAUGUCGCUCAGUCUUCUGCUUCACUUUCUGAAGUACUGCACUCUGGCACCAGACCCCUCGGAUGGUACUGAACGGUGGCAGAGGUGGGAAGAGUUGGUUCAUCUUCUCUGGAUGUUGCUGCUCAGCUACAACAAAGCAAUGAAAGGCUAUCUGUGCAACUCUGUCUCUGAACAAAGAGGCAACUUGGUUUACAAACCAGAUGAUAUGAUAUCCAAGCUGGCCAUUCGGGACGCUGUGGAGGCCUUCCUGUCCAGAUCCCAAGCGGACCUCGGCCAAGCCUUACCUCUUCACGUGGAAGAGUCCCUCACGUAUCUACAGGAACACCUGCUGGAUGUCUGUCAGUGUUAAAGACAAAAGAAACCGUGUUGUUCACUGUUUUUCUUUAAUUAUUACAUUUUAGGCAUUGUUCUAAAUUAAUAUUUAUAUUUUUGUACGAGUUGACUUGUUCUGAUUUUUUAAUCUAAAUAAAGGCUGUGCCUUGUGUUUUAUGAAUUAAAAAUAUAUUGAUAUAAAACAUAAAACAUGUUUUAAUGAACUAUUGUCUCAGCCAGCAAAGCGCAUCUAACGCAAUCUUCCUUGGAUCGCCAUUUAAAACUUAGCGUCAUUACUUUGA